AUGUCUCUGGUCGAUCACCAAGGAGACGAGGAUGUCAUAGUUGAAGAUGAAAGCCUAAGACAAGACCAAGAAGUCAACGCCGGUCAACCCGGCCACCAAGAAGUAAAACCUGUCCAAGUGCCCGUUGUCGAGGUCUUGGGGUAUCCACCCGAGCCCCCCACCCCUUGUCGUCACCACCGUCACCAAACUCACCAGCAAGCUGUUGGCAAAAUUCCCGAGGCUUAUGGAUGCCAUGCAGAGGGAGCUCCCGAGGCUCUUCACCCCAUCCGGCGCCUGCCCGUUGAAGAAGUCGAGCUGCCCCACGUACAUGAGCACCUCCGAGGCCCCCACCAGCACGUACUGAGGCACCUGCCACAGUACGCUCACCGGAGCCCCUGCCCUCAGCCGCACAACCUCCAGGGCUCCGGCUGCCGCCACUGCCAGAGCCGCAACAACGAGGCCAGCGGCCAUGCGCUGGAGCUCUGUGGGGUGGAGGCGCGAAAUGAAGCGGCGGUAGAUUCCGGCUGUCAUGCUGGCGGCAGGGAUGCGCAUGCGGGUGCCCGGGAGGUGGGUGUUCAUCAGGUCACCCUGCUCCACGAAGAGCGACGCCAUCUGGGUGAACACCACCGAGUAAGGGAUGGUGCAGAGCCAGAUGGGGAGCAUGCGCAGUAUGCACUUGGCUUCCUCCACUUGAGUCACUGUGCACAGCCUCCAAGGGUCGGGGGACGGGAGACUGUCGCUGCCAGUUAUCGUGGCUGCCUUCCCUCCACCUCGUACAGCUCGUCUGCGUCAGCCUUAACCGCGUUGCACUUCUUGACUGCGGCCACAAACACCUGUAUGACCCUCGUGACCGGGUUUCCGCUCGGCUUCAUGUAUGCAGCCAGGGCCAGGACAGCUGAGGCAGUGGCCGCCCAGAAGCCAAGGGCCCAUCGGCCGGCGUCCUCAUGGUAUACGAGGACAGUGUUGGAGAAGAGGGAGCCGAGGUUGAGGGCAAAGUAG